AGUAAACCUAAAAUUUUCCCUCCAAAUUAUCGAAGAAGAAGCAUCAGCAGGAAUCCAGAAGAGAUCAGUUUGUUCAAUCACUGUGUCCGUCUCUCUUGUUAUUGAAAUUCUUCUUCAUACGAAAGUAUUUAAAGAGGAAAAAUGAAGAACCUCUUUUUGAAGCUGUACUGAAAAUUCAAAAAAGAAUUGAUGCUUUUAGGGUUCAAUUUAUUGGGGCCGACUAUUUCAAAAGACAAUCUCUAAAAUCUGUGUACAUAAGUUGGACUAAUGGAUACUGGUAAGGUCUCAUUGUUGUCUGCUGAGGCAUUGCCUCAAAUGCUUAUCUUUAUCUUUGUAUUGGCAAUUGUUCAUGUCUCAUUUUGUGUUCUCACCAUUCUUUUUGGCACUAUAAAGACUCAUUUUAGAUAGGCAUCUGGAAGCACUGGGAGGACUCAACUGUGUAAGAUAAAUCUGAUACAGCUAAAUUCUGUACAAGGUCACACAAGUCCAUCAACAUACUUUUAUCAAGGACCAUUUUCUUAUUUGUGGCAGGACUCAGCUAUAUUGAGCUAGUUAGACAUCAACUUCACAGAUCACUUGGCCGGAAAUCUGUUCAUUAAGAAUAUGGAGGAAGCCAGCGAAGACGAACUUGAAGAUGGAGAAAUUAGAGACGCAGUUAUUGAUUUGCCUCCAACACCUCCAGUAAUACCAUCACCACCACCUCCACCUCCAGUAAUACCACCAGAACUACAUAACAUGGAGCCAGAAGAACAACAGCUGGAACUUGAAGAUGGAGAAAUUAGAGACACAGUUUUUGCUUUGCCUCCACCACCUCCAGUAAUACCACCGAAUGUUAAGCUGGAGAAAUUAGAACUACAGAACAUGGGGACAGAGGAACAACAGAUGGAACAUGAAGAUGGAGAAAUUGUAGACACGGUUCUUUCUUUGCCUCCGCCUCCAAUUGUACCACCGAAUGUGAAGCCGGAGAAAUUAGAGCUACAGAACAUGAAGCCAGAGAUGAACUCUAAAGAUGAAGAAGUUAGAGACACAGUUCUUCCUUUGCCUCCUCUUCUUCCUCCACCUCCUUUAUUUUAUUGGUUACUUCCUCCACCUCCAGUUAUACCACCAAACUUUAAGCCGGAGAAAUUAGAGCCACAGUACAUGAAGCCAAGGAAUCAACAGUCCCCAGGUCGCUUACGUAUCUCCAGGCCUGGAGUUGGAAGAGAAGGACAGUGCAUUUCAUUGCUUGUUAACCAUUUCAAAGCGUCUGUUAAUGUUCCUGAUGCAACUUUCUAUCAGUAUACUGUUUCUGUUACCUCUGAAGAUAAAGGUGGUGCUCAAAUCAAGGGAAUCGGGAGAAAGAUUAUGGACAGUCUAUAUCAAACUUAUUGUUCAGAGCUAGGAUGGAAACAUUUGACUUAUGAUGGGGAGACCAGCUUGUAUACAGUGGGACCUCUUCCAAGGAACUGGUUUGAGUUCAAAGUGGUGCUAGAGGAAACACCCCUCAAACGCAAUGGGAGCCCAGGUUUUGAUAUCCCCAGUGAAAUCGAGUGUAAAAGAUUGAAGCGUUGUUCGUAUCAAGCAACUAAGAUGUUUAAAGUAGAGAUCAGAUUUGCUAGAAAAAUUCCCAUGCAAGCUAUUGGUUUAGCUCUGAAAGGAUGCAAUACAGAAGGUGCUGUAGAUGCUAUGAGAGUACUUGAUAUUAUAAUUAAGCAGCAAGCAGCUGAGAGGGGUUGUCUUCUAAUUAGACAAUCUUUCUAUCAUGGUGACGUGAGGAACUUUGUUUCUGUUGGUGACGGCAUUACCGGAGUUCGAGGGUUCCAUUCCAGUUUCCGUACCACACAGAGUGGUUUGACCUUGAACAUGGAUGUGUCCACAACAAUGACCUUCACUCCUGGUCCUGUGAUACAAUUUUUACUUACUAACCAGAGAGUCACGGAUCCUCACCAAAUUGACUGGGGAAGGGCCAAAAGAAUGCUGAAGAACUUGUUAAUCAAGGCAAAACACAACAAUAUGGAAUUCAAGAUCAAAGGACUGAGUGAGAAACCCUGCAAAGAUCUAUACUUCCUGAUGAAAAUGAGAAAUGAAGAACGCAAAAAUGAAGUGAAAACUGUUGAGCUUACCGUUUAUGAUUAUUUUACGAAACAUCGUAAGUUAGAGCUGACUACUUCCGCGUACAUGCCUUGUAUUGAUGUUGGUAGACCAAAAAAACCCAAUUACAUUCCUCUUGAGCUCUGUUCACUUGUGCCGCUGCAACGUUAUACAAAGUCUUUAUCUGCUGUGCAAAGAUCUUUUCUAUCUGAAAAAAGUCCCAAGCCUCUCGAGCGUAUCGAAUCUCUGACAGAUUUUAUUAACAACAGCCGUUAUGAUGCGGACCCGUCACUAAGUGCUUGUGGGGUGUCCAUUGAGAAACAAUUGAUUCCAGUUGAGGGACGUGUUCUUGGCACACCAGGGUUAAAGGUUGGUAAUAAUGUUGAUUGCUUCCCUGACAAUGGAAAGUGGAACUACUCUGGGCAGACACUAUAUGAACCGGUUAAAAUUCAACGUUGGGCAGUAGUUAACUUUUCUGCUCGUUGGGACACUAGCUAUCUUUCUAGGGAGCUUAUCACUGGUGCAAGAGAUAAGGGAAUUCAUAUGGACCCCCCAUACUCACUAAUUGAAGAAGAUUACCAAUCAAGAAGAUUACCUCCUAUUGCUAGAGUAGAAAUGAUGUUUGAGCAGAUAAAGACUAAGCUACCUGGUCCUCCUGAAUUGCUUCUAUGUGUCUUGGAGCGAAGGAAUUCUGAUAUUUAUGGACCUUGGAAGAACAAGUGCCUUUCCGAGCUAGGAAUCGUCACCCAAUGCCUCACCCCAGCGAAGAUAAAUGACUUGUACAUCACUAAUGUUCUUCUUAAAAUUAAUACCAAGCUUGGGGGUAAGAAUUCUCUGCUAGCCGUUGAACAAGUACCACAUAUUCCUCUUAUAAGUGAAACUCCAACUAUGAUAUUGGGAAUGGAUGUUUCUCAUGGGGCACCAGGUCGAUCAGAUGUGCCAUCCAUCGCUGCUGUUGUUGGUUCUAGAUAUUGGCCCUUGAUUUCAAGGUACAGGGCAUGCGUGCGUACUCAAUCCCCAAAAGAGGAGAUGAUCAACUCCUUGUACAAACCAUUACCAAAUGGGAAGGAUGAUGGAAUCAUUAGGGAGCUUUUGUUGGAUUUCUAUGAGACAAGUAAUGGGCGAAAGCCUAGCCAAAUUGUCAUCUUUAGGGAUGGAGUGGCUGAUUCUCAAUUUAACCAAGUAUUGAAUGUUGAGCUGGAGCAGAUCAUCAAGGCAUUGAAUCACUUGGGUGAGACAGAACUUCCAAAGUUCACUCUUGUUGUUGCUCAAAAAAGUCAUCAUACGAAGUUAUUUAAAGCUGGAGGUUCCCCCGAGAAUGUUCCAGCAGGAACGGUGGUGGAUACAGAAAUUGUGCAUCCUAGAUAUUAUGACUUUUACAUGUGUGCCCAUAGUGGAGCUAAAGGAACAUCUCGACCAGCACACUACAAUGUCUUACUCGAUGAGAUUGGUUUUUCACCUGACGAGUUGCAAAAGCUUGUGCACUCUCUUUCCUACGUGUACCAACGUAGUACGACGGCAGUCUCAAUUGUUGCACCGGUUUGUUAUGCGCAUCACGCAGCUGCGCAGAUGGCCCAGUUCAUAAAAUCUGGAGAUUUCUCUAAUUUUUCUGCAUCAAAUUCUCCUUUUCGAGAACUUCCACGGCUUCAUCCAAAUGUACGGAACUCCAUGUUCUUCUGCUGAGUUUAUAGUACAAACUACUCCACACACUGUAAAUAUCUUGGUAUUUAUCCGUAGGAGUAUAUGCUCGGCCUUUCCGUAUUUUUUUGUUGGGUUAGAGUUGUAUAUAAGUACGCAUAGGUCAGAGGUGUAUAAAAAGAGAAAGAAAGGGUUGAUAUCAUGAUAUCAAUCAAUAUUGUAAAGUUUUAUAAUCUGUCUGGAGUGUAAGAGAAUCAAUCAAUAUUCUGUUCUUUUUUUAAAAUUCAAAUCUCUGUUUUGGUGAACAUCUUGAAGAAACGGUGUAUCUGCAGUCAUUCAGGGAACAAGUUGGCAUGCAACAAUUUAACAUUGCUGAUAUU